AUGAGCUUUGACACAACGCUAUCUGGCUUUGGGGCGAGUCUCGCUGAUAUAUACCAACGAAAGAUGGAUGUUGUUAAUCGUGGAUAUGCAGGCAAGUAUAUGGGAGAAGUGGUGGAUCACGACAAUAGCAUAGCAACGUGGCCAACAUUUGAUUGUAUAGGCUACAAUACUGAAUGGGGUGUGCCUAUUUUGCGACAACUACUACCAACGGUGGAGAGACAACGUCAAACGGCCGCACAGCUGCGAUUGAUCAUUAUUGCUUUUGGUGCAAAUGAUGCAGCUUUGCCAAAUGCACAGCAGCACUUACCAAUCGAUCGCUUCAAACAAAAUCUCGAUACGAUGAUAUCCAUGAUCAAAUCCCCUGAUUCUCCGCAUUAUAAUCCACAGCUGGGAAUUAUGCUUGUGACACCACCACCUGUCAAUGAAUCUCAGUGGAAGCAACGUUGUGAUGAAAAAGGAGAUCCAAUGAAUCGUACAGCUGAGAAUGCAAAGCUGUUUGCGCAUGCAGUACGCACAUUGGGUGAAGAGCGAGGUGUAGUGGUGGCAGAUUUUUGGUCAAGGUUAAUGAAACGUGCCGGUGGUGAUGGUGGCGACAACAAGUUAUCCGAGUUUUCGACCGAUGGUCUGCAUCUUAAUGCCAAUGGCAACCACGUCAUGUAUGAAUUGCUGAUAGAGACGAUUGAAACCUUCUUUCCAGAGAUUCAUCCAAACAACCUUGAGAUGGAUAUCCCUAAUUUUCGUGACCUACCCAGUCAAGGCUUUGAAAGCAAAUUACAAUUUCCUCUGCUCAAGAAAUAA